UUAGUUCGAUCUGAAGAUUCAAAUAGUCGACAGGUAGUGAGUGAGCCUAGUGCUACGCUAAUGUGGUUUUCGUUUGAAGCGAAACUGAGUCAGUUCCUAACCCCAACUGCUGUCAAAAUGUAUGAACUGACAGCAGUUGGGGUUAGAACCUGACUCAGUUUCAGGUUCAAGCGAAAUCGCCAUAAGAUUAACGUUUCCGAGAGUAAAGUGGCGGGAAAUUAAAAGAAAGCUGCAAGUGGUGUACAGCUCAUGUUGUAACGGGUACGACUUACGGAUAAUAGAAGCGAUGGCUAAAUUAGCACCUGCUUUGCUUCUCCUGCUAUCGUGCGUCUGCUAUCUGUCGGCGUUCGAUUUGAGCGGUUUGGCCAGCAAAGCUGGCGACGCAGCAAAGGUAGCAGCUAAAACUACCAAGAGCCUGGUGGAUGCAGCACCGCAGAUCUUUUCACCGGAACAGCUGCUUGAGUUUGGCAAACAGUCCAUCGCCGGUGUUCCGUUGGAGGCGCUGACCAGUGUAAUCAAUAAAAUUUGCUCCAUUGCAGUAACGGCAAAUGCGACUGAAUCGGAAAAUUCAGUUAACAUCACGGAAAUGAACUACAUCUUGAUGACUGGAAGUGAGAACGUUACUAUUCCUCUGCUUGAAUCUGAUGAUCUGUGGAGCCAUUCGCUGUUCAAUGAUUCCUAUGAUACUGUUAUUUUAGUAACCGGUUGGACGUCGAACAUCAACGGUUCCAAUCGGGCGAUCGAUACCAUCUUCAAUGCUUAUCAAGCACGCGGAGGUUACAAUUUUGUUGUUAUCGACACCUCUGACUAUGUGGAUACUUUGUACACGUGGUCGGCUUUCAAUACCAAUGAUCUGGGUGUAGGGUUAUCCGAAGGUUUACAAGAAUUAAUCAACUACGUGCAGUUAGGUUCAAUACAUUUGAUCGGUCACAGUUUGGGAGCACAUAUCGUAGGAACCGCUGGGCGAGAUUUCCAGUACAAAACGAACCGGUCAAUCCCACGAAUAACAGGACUUGAUCCAGCGAAUCCUUGUUUUAACGAAGGAGAAUCGUUAAGUGGUAUCUCCCGUGGUGAUGCUGAUUUCGUUGAUAUUAUCCACAGUAACGCCAAAGUGCUCGGCAAGCGUGACCCGCUUGGGGAUGUGGAUUUCUAUCCUAAUGGAGUUGUAUCUGUCCAACCAGGAUGUUUGAAUCCUGCUUGCUCCCACGCACGUGCAUGGGAACUAUACGCGGAAACCGUUUAUCCCGGAAACGAGAACAAUCUUCUGGCCACCAAGUGCAAUUCAAUUCUAUCACUAGACACUGGCGCUUGCCCUGGAAAGCCUAUUCCGCUAGGCUUUGCAUGUCCGAGGACAGCUAAGGGAAACUAUUUUCUCAAAACAAACGAAAAAGUGCCUUUCGGUAAAAGUUUAGAAAAUAAAGAAUAGUUGCUUAGCAAUAUGUUACAUAAAAAUUUGGUUGAUUCUAUAAUACGA